AUGAGUUACAAUGAUUGUAUCCAAUUGGUGUAUGAAGAUUACGGUUUGGAUGAGAAAGUAUAUGAUAUUGGGUUGAGCUACAAGAUUUCGAAGGUGUUAUUACAAAAGUUACCGAGCGAUACACCACCAGUAUUUAUCACCAAUUCUCGACAGUUUCAUGGUUUUCUAAAGCAAUUGAAGAGCGACACACUUCGACUUUGUGUUGAAGUGACGGCUAAAGUUAGGAGUGGAUCGAGAAAAGAGCCAGGGAUGAUAAUUUUGACAGAGCGUUCUUCACGUACCCAACAAGCAGCUCAUGAGAUUGUAGGAGCAUUGUACAAGGAUUUCGUUGGUGGAGUUGGGCCGAAGGUAGUGCCAAUGCAUGUUGCAGAAGCGUUAAAUAAACGCUUUCAGAUCAAGAUGGAAUACUGGAAGGCGUAUCGGACACUACGACAUGCUCGUGAAUUGGUCAGGGGUAGUCCAGAGAGUGGUUAUAUGCAGCUAAAUACUUACUUGUACAUGUUAAAGAGGGCAAAUCCUGGAACAUAUACGCAACUUGAACUUGAUGAUGCUGAUAGAUUUAAGUACUUGUUUCUAGCAUAUGGUGCAAGCUUGAAUGAAUUUCCUUUCAUGAGGAAAGUGUUGGUUGUUGAUGGUACUUUUUUACAAGGAAAAUACAAAGCGACACUUUUGACGGCCACAACUCAAGAUGGCAAUUUUCAGAUAUUUCCAAUAGCAUGGGCCGUGGUUGAUACAGAAAAUGAUGAAUUAUGGGACUGGUUUUUCUAUCAACUCCGGUGUGUGAUACCAGAUGACGAAGGUCUAGCCAUAAUUUCUGAUAGGCACAAAUCUAUUGGAAAAUCAAUUAAGGAGGUUUAUUCGAAGUCUAGCAGGGGAAUAUGUACAUACCAUUUGUACAAAAAUAUAUUGGUUCGAUUUAAAGGUCGGGAAGCAUUUAGUUUGGUUAACAAGGCGGCGAAUGCUUACAGAGUAGUCGAUUUUCAAACCAUUAUUGAUCAUAUUGAAGCUUUGAAUCCUGCACUUCAUCAUUACCUUGUCCAAGCUGAUGUGCGACUCUGGACACGUGCACAUUUCCCUGGUGAUAGGUACAACUUGCUUACUAGUUACAUUGCAGAAUCAAUGAAUAAGGUGAUGUCACACGCUAGAAGUUAUCCUAUUGUGGAACUGUUAGAAACAAUUAGGUCCAUGAUGACUAGAUGGUUUUCAGAUCGAAGGAAUGAUGCAUUAAAAAUGACUACAUCUCUAACUCGUGGUGUUGAGAAAGUUCUACAGAGUCGUGUAGAGUAUGCUAAGCUACUUACUGUGCAAGAUAUAGAUGCUAAUCAAGUACAAGUUACAAGUGGAUCAUCUCUCCACGUUGUAAAUUUGAAAUAUAGAAGGUGUACAUGUCGCAGGUUUGACUUGNAUCAGAUUGAAGCUUUGAAUCCUGCACUUCAUCAUUACCUUGUCCAAGCUGAUGUGCGACUCUGGACACGUGCACAUUUCCCUGGUGAUAGGUACAACUUGCUUACUAGUUACAUUGCAGAAUCAAUGAAUAAGGUGAUGUCACACGCUAGAAGUUAUCCUAUCCAGAUUUAUGAAACUAAAAGCCACCGAUUAUUUUGA